AUGGCGGCUGGCAGUGCGCGCAUCGUGCGCUACAUCUUGUUUGCAUUCUUUUUCAUCGCCGUUCUUUACUUCAUCUCGCAUUCUUCGUACGAUGGCGCUGGACUCUCCCCCGAGAGCUUUGGCGUCGGUAAGGGAUCAUCGGUAGGCGGCAAGGGUUCGAACCACGACCAGACCUCCAGCAACCCGAUCGGUAGCAGCCCGGGCAGUCCCUCUACCUCGCACCAAGACCUUGGAGAGGCCCCAAUGGCCAUGACUCCCGCCGAUGCUGGCUGGGAUAACCUCUUGGGCACUGCUCCUGGUCCCCGUAUGAACGCCACCUUUGUCACACUUGCACGAAACAGCGACGUCUGGGAGAUUGCGCGAUCGAUCCGUCAGGUCGAGGACCGCUUCAAUCGCCGUUACAACUACGACUGGGUCUUCCUCAACGACAAGCCUUUCGACGCGACCUUCAAGAAGGUUACCUCGUCCCUCGUCUCUGGCAAGACCCAUUAUGGAGAGAUCCCCAAAGAGCACUGGUCCUUCCCCGAGUGGAUUGAUCAGGACAAGGCCAAGAAGGUGCGCGAGGACAUGGCUCAACGCAAAAUCAUCUACGGUGACUCUGUCAGCUACCGCCACAUGUGUCGUUUCGAGUCUGGAUUCUUCUUCCGCCAGCCUCUCAUGAUGAACUACGAGUGGUACUGGCGUGUUGAGCCCAGCAUCGAGCUCUUCUGCGACAUUCACUACGACCCAUUCCGCUACAUGGCCGAGAACAAGAAGAAGUACAGUUUCGUACUCAGCUUGUACGAAUAUGUCGAGACCAUCCCCACGCUUUGGGACAGUACCAAGAAAUUCAUAAAGAACUUCCCCGAGCACAUUGCCGAGGGCAACUCAAUGGGCUUCCUUAGUGAUGAUGGUGGUGAAAGCUACAACCACUGUCACUUCUGGUCCAACUUUGAGGUUGGCAACUUGAACUGGCUGCGAUCCAAGCCGUACCUUGACUACUUUGAGUCGCUCGACAAGGACGGUGGCUUCUUCUACGAGAGAUGGGGAGAUGCCCCUGUCCACUCGAUUGCUGCCGGUCUUCUCUUGAAGAAGGAGGAAAUCCACUUCUUCAACGACAUUGCCUACUACCACGUUCCGUUCACUCACUGCCCCACUGGCGAAAAGACCAGACUCGAACUCGGAUGCCACUGUAAUCCCAAGGACAACUUUGACUGGAAGGGUUACUCUUGCACAUCGAGAUUCUUCGAAACCAAUGGCUUGGAGAAGCCGGAAGGAUAUGAAAAUCAGCAAGACUAA